AUGCAACGCGCCAUUAACCGCGGAGCAACCGAAAGGAUGAACAAGAGCAUUGAGGAUAGAGCCAUGCAUUCGCGCUCGAGUGCUAGGAGCAACAGCCAGAACAGUGAUCAUAAUGAACCCAUCAACAAUCAAAUCAAUAAGAUGAUAGCUACAUGGAUUCAGGAUUAUCAUCGGCACAGCUUCGGACACAAGAAUGUUGUUACACCUCACACUCGAGGCGAAACGGACAAAAUCGCCAUGCCACUUCCUACCCUGACCAGCUAUAUACCGGAACGAAAUCUCCAACUGAACUCUCUAAGUACCACACAUGACAACCUACCUGAUUCUUACCCUGAGAACUACUAUCACACACCCAACAGGACGAAGCAAGGUAUGGCAAUCAUGCCGUCGGCUUCGACUGAGUCGCAUCGAGGAUCUAGUAAGAUGGUGUCAACUGGCAUUGCUUCUUGGUUCACUGGAAAUUCGAACACUCACAAAUUAUCCGAUCUCACUUCAAAACCAUCAUGGAACCAUAGGAGAUCAAUGGUAUCAUCACUAUCCAAUACCAAAUAUGACAAAAACAUUUCAGCCGCCCGUUUAGGGAAUGAUAAAUCUUUGACAAUGAUCGACCGCUGUUCAGAAGAUACCCCAAUUGAGAAAUCCUUGGUCUCUGAUAUUGAGAAAGCUAUAAAAUCAUCAUCUCCUCACGAAUGCCAACAAGAAGAACAAAAUGACGAAGAAGCCUUGUCUAUAAGAGACCUCCUAAUCAGCGCUGAAGGACUAUUGUUACGACUACAGAUUGCCUACGAACAGCAAACUUCAGCACUAAGAGAAAUGACUGUCUCGCGUGACAAAGUAGCAUUAGAACUAGAAAAGUCAAACAUCCAGUCGCGAAAUCUUCAAGCCCAAAUUGAAAAAAUGAUAUCCGUCGAAUCACUCCAAGACCAGCGCAUCGCUGAGUUAGAACGAGAAGUUUAUGAAAAAUCGUCUCCAUGCCUAUCCAUAUUCUCACACCACACAUCUCAUGAACUUCAACGAAUUUCAAAUUCGCAUACCAGCGGCCACACAAAUGAUAGCUUCCCGGCUUGCCAACAGAACUAUAUUCAUGCAAGAAGUACCGACAUCGAUUCAGGACAAGAUAGUGACAUCGAGAGUGGUGCUGGAGAUAGUGUAUUUUCGCGUCCACGCAGCCCUGCUCUCUCAUAUGCACCAAGCCUACGUGAAUCAGUAGUUGAUUCCCCCUCACCUCUAUCGCCAAAAAUUGAAAUUCUCACAGAAUCCUGCACAAAUAUGGUUGAAAAAAAAGUAGUCGAACAGCCACAAAGAACCCUCUUCGGCUUUCUGUCCAACCGAACAAACAAGGAAGUAGGUCUUGCAGAAUCGGGAUGCCCUAACUGCAAUGGGAAGGAUGUAAGUGUAGCCUGGGAUACAGCAGCUUUACUCAGGGCCGAGAAUACAGGGCUGAAAGUGAGGAUAGAAACAUUAGAAGAUGGCGUAGAUGCAGCUCUACGGGCCAUCUACGGGGAUAAUUAA